AUGGAACCGCCACCGUUUCUCCCCGAAGAACUCCGGCUAGAAAUCUUAUCAUGGCUUCCGGUGAAAUCUCUAGUACGAUUCAGGUGUGUGUCUCAUUCAUGGAAGUCUACCAUCUCUGAUUCUCAGUUCAUCAAACUCCACCUUCACCGAUCGUCUUCUACAAGAAAAGCAGAUUUCGCCCACCUCCGAUCACUGAUAAAUUCGCCAUGGGAAAGCCGUUCAGCCACCACUGUAGCAGUCCCCGAUGAGUACGACUUCGGUGGAACCUGCAACGGCUUGAUUUGUUUGUUUACAUUAUUAAAAUAUGACAUUGAAAAUCAUGAAUUCUCCUACCUAUUCCGUUUAUGGAACCCAGCUACAAGGUCAAUGUCUCAAUAUUCGCCACCUCUACGUUUCACCCGCCCUUGUUAUUUUGGGUUUGGUUAUGAUUCUUCAACUGACACCUACAAGGUGGUGGUAGUGACGCUCCAAAGGAAUGGGGUGAGAACGGUGAAUGUUUACAACAAAGGUGAUACUUGUUGGAGAACAAUUCAAGUUUCCCAUCUUCCGUUUAUGUAUCCUCAAGGUCGUGUAGUUUAUGUGAGCAACACCCUUAAUUGGUUAGCAAUUCGACCAGAUGUUGAUGAGAACGAUCGUGCUCAACUUAUCAACUCGUACACAAUUUUGACAUUUGAUUUGGGGAAAGAAAAUUGUGCACAACUAUCAUUGCCUUAUUUUACUCGACUUAGCGUCAGAUUUAUACCAAUUCUUGGGGUUUUGAGAGGUUGCCUAUGUAUUUCUCUUAUGGACACGAAAAUGUCUUUUAUGAUUUGGCAAAUGAAGGAGUUUGGAGUGUGCGACUCUUGGACUAUGUUGCUUAACAUUACUCUCUCUGAAAGCAUUUUUCAAAAUAUUAAUCUUUGGCCCGAUUUCGCAAUGUACAUGUCUAAUAACGGUGAUGCCCUAUUGAUAUCAAAAUCGUGUCAGACCGCACCCUAUGCACUUCUCUAUACCCAGAAAGAAAACAAAUUAGAAGUCACAGGCAUUGCUAACGACAUCGUUGAUUGCUAUGCCCAUAAUUACAUUGAAAGCUUGGUUCCACCUUGUUGA